UGGUUAGGGGAGAGGAAGAGGCACUCAAUGCCACCCAAAACUACAGCCCCCAUAGUCCCUUGCAACUAUCCCCCAGCAUCCUCUGCAGCCCUAACCUCCCCGGAAUGGAGCAACCGAGACCUGCCACUUGGCGUAAUAGAUCUGGGCGCUGAGCUGGUGGCGCCUGGACGGCGGCUUGCAAAGCUUAGGAGCUGCUUGAGAUAUGACCAAUUUGGGGGUUCAGCCGCUUUGUAUGGAAAGUUAUGGCUCCCGCAGUGCUCAGCACUACCGGGCCUUGCCUGAUGGGAGGCUAGACUGCAUUCCGGACGGACCUCAAAAUCAAGGAUUCCGUUCAGUACGGGAGAUCUUCAUGUUGGUCUUCCUACCCCAGGGUUAUCCUGAAAGUGUGAGUUCAGACUACCUGGCCUACCAGAUUUGGGACACAGUGCAGGCCUUUGCCAGUAGCAUCACAGGGACUCUGGCCACCCAGGCUGUGCUGAAAGGGGUGGGAGUCGGGGAUGAGGCUUCAACCGUCACAGCUGCUACUGUCACAUGGAUCCUGAAAGAUGGGACUGGGAUGCUGGGCCGAAUUCUCUUUGCCUGGAGUAAGGGGAGCAAACUGGACUGCGAUGCAAAGCAAUGGAGGCUUUUUGCUGAUGUCCUGAAUGACAUGGCCAUCUUAAUGGAGAUCCUGGCCCCAGCAUUCCCAGCAUGCUUCACUCUCAUUGUGUGCAUCAGUGGCUUCUUCAAGUGCAUUGUGGGAGUUGCUGGAGGGGCCACUCGGGCAGCCCUCACCAUGCACCAGGCCCGGCGGGACAACAUGGCCGAUGUUUCGGCCAAAGAUGGAAGCCAGGAGACCCUGGUGAACCUAGCUGGCCUCUUCUUCAGUCUUCUCCUCAUUCCUCUUGUAGCAGACAAUCUCCGCCUCACUUAUUCCCUCUACGGCCUCUUCACUGCCUUGCAUCUCUACGCCAAUUAUAGGGCGGUACGGUCCGUCUGCAUGGAAACCCUCAACCGUGCCCGGCUCCGCCUGGUCUUGCGGCAUUUUUUGCAGCGGGGGAAAGUGCUGGGCCCUGCUCUCGCCAACCCUCAGGAGCCUCUCGUGCCAGGGUUUCAGCAGGAGCUCAGGAUGAACCUUGGGACACCACUCCGCACUGUGGCCUCCAGAGUUGCAGAUUUCCAGAAAGCCCUUGAAGGGAAUUCCACAAAUUACUUAAUCUUCUUCAACCGAGCAGCAGGGACUGUCUCCGUUCUCCUACACCGACUGGCAGGCAGCGUGGAUGUAAUUAAAGCCUGCACUCAUGCCUUCUUCCUGGAAGCCCUGCUGUACCAAGACGUGGCAAUGUCUGCCUUGGAGGAAGAAUCUCUCUUGAAUCUGCAGCGUCGUCUUCGUGAAGAACCCGAGAAUAAGGACAGCACUGCGAUUUCUGAAACACAUCAGCUGUUGGACAAAGUAUUUCCCAAAUUCCUGGCAGGAUUGACAGCAGCAGGAUGGGUAACAGACCGGAACCUUCUGGGCCCUGACGAGUGGCGCAUGGAUUGGACCAUCCCCGAAAAGAAAACCCUUUAACUCCAAGAGACGUUUAACCUGACGACUUGCUAAAGCCUUGGGAGGAGUGGAUCUCAGUUGCCACAGUGGUGCCAGAAGGGCUGUCUCUGCCUCACGUGGGGUGGUCAGAGUUUUUAAUGCCAAAAUGGAGGAGAGCCCAGGGUACCUGCUCCCUCCCUGAUUUUUUGAGGGUGAGCGGGAAACACAAAAAUAAACCUUUUUUAAAUAUAUAUAAACGUGAAG